AUGUCUUUCUCACAGAUAGAGCCAACUGAUUCGCAAGCUGGUCAAGCUGAACAACAAGCUGAACAAGACAGUAUGGUUGAAUUCCAUGAUUAUGAAGUUCAAGUCACUCCUUCUCAAAGUAAAGUUAUAACACAUCCAGUAGACACAGCAACAACACUUCAAGUGGUUGCAGGUCCUGGAUCUGGUAAAACUACCACUCUGGUCUACAAGAUUGCUUACAUGAUUGGGAAUUUGGGGAUCAAUCCUUCAGAGAUUUUAGUUUUAUCAAUGACAAAUAAAGCUGUUGAGGCGUUACAAACUCAAUUAUCAAAUAUACUUGGUGAAAACAAUUCUGUUGAUGUUACUACUUUCCAUGGAUAUGCCCACAGAUGUGUGAUUAAUAAUGAUCAGAGUCAAGAAAAUGGGAUUCAAAUCAUUGAAGACGCUGGUUGGAGAACUUUGGUUCGAUUACUGGGGAAUAAAGUUAAUAAAUAUCAAUUGAUUGAGAUUGUUGACCAAAUAAGGAAGGAUGGAUGGAACGAAAAGUAUUUACAAAAUGUUUGCAGAAAAUUCAAGCUUGAAAUGACUGAAUUGAAAGAUGUGAUGCAAACAUUGGAUACGUCUAAUGUUUUGAUUCAUUCCGAUGUGAUGAGAGGUGCGAAAGCAUAUAUAAGGGAUGGUCGUGUGUCAUUACCUUAUAAAGUGGUCAUAGUUGAUGAAUUUCAAGAUGUUUAUCCUGGCAUUUAUGAACUUGUUGAACUGAUAGCUAGAAAUGCACAUUUGAUAACUGCAGGUGAUCCAUAUCAAUCGAUCUAUGGCUUUUUAGGGUCUAAUUCUUCUGUUCAUAAAACCAUAAAAAACUUCAAACCAAUAGACAAACUUUAUUUAUCAGAAAGUUUUAGAUCAACACCUGAGAUAAUUGAAGCAUCAGAUAACCUUAUGAAAAGGGAAGCUCCAUCUUUGGCAUUAAAGGGUAUCAGUGGGUUUAAACCAGUUGCAAAGCUUUUCACUGAUGUAAUAAACCAACAUGAAUGGGUUGCAACAGAGAUACUUCGGAUUUUGGAAGAUAGUGAAGGGGUUGUUGAACCUAAUGAUAUAACCAUUUUGGCAAAAACAAAUGGGGAAUUGUCUAGAUUCAAAACUUGCUUGAACUUUUACGGUUUGUUGGAUUAUAAAUUGAGUUCAAAUCCUUCUUGGCUGUCUGAUGGAUUGUUUCAUCUGAUUGACUACUUGAGGAUAUUGUUUGCCCCAGAGUCCUCUAAUUUCCCAGUACUUUGUACAAUUGCUUUAAUCCCUGGUGUUGGACCUGUAACUAUAAAGAAAUUCCACAAAGGUGCACUCACUUCUGAACUAUCAAUGUGGGAAUAUUUGAGGAAUUUGCGUGAAAAGAACUCUUUACCUCCUAAAUUGAUCCCAUAUUUUGAUCUGAUUGAAGAAACUAGACAAAAGAUUAAUUUUGAUGAUGCUGAUUCAAUAUUCAACCAUCUAUUACACCUGGGUAAUGAAUUGGGCCUAAGAAAAGAAGUUACGAAAACUAUAAAGACAAUUGCUGAUAAAGAUAAUAUCAAUAAUCAACUGUUGGAUUUUUUUGAAAAUUUAAAACUUUCCAAUAAUUUCAAAGCUGCAGAUACUUUUUUAACAGAACAUUUUUUGAGAAACUAUAUGAAUUCAUUACCAAUUUCAAAAACUAAAAACUCUGUCAAAUUGAGCACCAUCCACUCUGCAAAAGGUUUGGAAUUUCCUAUAGUUUUCGUCUUGGGUUCAACCACUGGUGAUGAUUAUAAGCCAGAAUCAAAGAAUUUGGUUUACGUUGCAAUGACAAGAGCUAAAACUUUGCUGUAUAUGAAUAUGAUGAAAACUUCUGAUCCAUUUAGUGCAACAAAUUUCAAAAAGAGGUUUUCAGAAAAGUAUUUCACCCAUGACAAGCCACAAAUUAGAGGAGCAUUUACUGCCGGGUUCGCAAAAGAGUUCAACAGGACAUUCAAUGGGGGUGCUAUUUCUAAACAAAAUGUUGUCAGAUCAUUUCAUACAUUAUCUAAAUUCAUUAAAAGGGUGUAA